CAACUCUCUUCACAUACAACCACUUACAGGCGUUCAUAUGAAGGGAGCGCGCCGUAGUGCGCAUAUACAGACAAAGGGAUAGGCAAAAGGCGCAAGGAUUUUCAGGCAUUUUUACACGGAUUACAGUACGAAGUGAACAACCGUGGCGACAACAAACAAUAAAACCAUUUCUUGAUUUGCAAAAUUAUAUGAAAAACAUAGAAAAUGCGGUUUUAUCGCAAAAUUUAAAUAUGCAGUAAAAUAGGAAACAAAGUAAUUUAUCAAGGAGUGUUUAAAAAGAUUGUAGCAGUGCCGUGUAUGAAGUAUUAACACAUUCAACAAUUACUAGUAUUUUAAAUGCACCGCCAUGUUGCAGUAAUGCUUUUUCUUUUGCACAAAGUCAGCGAUUCCAAAGAGCGUAGUGAGCAAGAAAGUUUAUAUCAACCAGUGCGUCGGUUUACUUAACAGAAACGAUGGCGGCAGAAAACUAUCAUUUGAAAUGGGACUCACAUUUGUCUUAUUUGAAUUCUUCAGUUGCCACACUUUACAAAAAUGAGAAAUUCGCCGAUGUUGUGCUCUACAGUUCCAGCAGCAGUAGCGCCAGUGGAAGUGGCACAGAGAGUAGCAUACCAACAGUGGGUAUAUCAGCGCACAAAUUUAUACUUAGCUCGUGUAGUCAGUUUUUUGCAACGAUGUUCGAAACCGCACCAAUAUGCUCGCCCAACGGCGUGCUCUACGUUGUGCUUCCGCCAGAACUAAGCCACCGCGCUAUACAAAUACUAGUACAAUAUAUGUACAGUGGCGAGGCCACUGUCGCCAAUGAUAUACUUAAUGAAGUUUUACGUGGUGGUGAAAUUUUGAAAAUUCGUGGCCUAUGUCGCACCUCCUCAUCGUCAUCAAAUUCGCACAAUGCUUCAACGCGCGUCAACGAAGCACUAAUAGCUAACGGUGUUGGCACACAUUAUAUACAAAGUGCAGGUAAUCGCCAACAAUCAUUACCAACUCUUACACACUCGCAUAUGUCCAAUGCACAUGGUGGUGAUAUGUAUAUUGUUAACAAAUGUCCAAAUGGUGCUGGUGGUGGCAAUUGUGGACAACGGUACCAUGCAAUGGAACAUUUGCAACAACCUGUGACGCAGUCAGUGCCGACACAACAAACACACGCACAACAAAUACAGCAAACACAUCACCAGUUUCGUGGCUUGGGAGUCUCCGUACUGCCCAAGGAUAGUCCAGUGAUAGUGAAGUCACCGAAAUUGUCACAACUUGGGUUACUAUCCGCUGCAGCAUCGAGUAGUAAGCAUCUUACGGGUUGUGGUAUAACGGUAAACAAAGAAGUUGCUAUAGAUCCCGAUGAAAAAUGCUGCUAUCGAUUGAAUCAGUUGCAAGUGGAAACAUCUUUGUGCAACGAAAUUGGCUGUACGGGCGGCUGUCCCAUGUCCAUGGAGAAUGAACAGGUGAGGCGACGUCAACGCAGUCAAAACGACGAAAAUAUGCGCGCAACUGUGGUAGAGCAGCAAUUGGAGCGGGAGUAUACAGAGCGACAAUGUCCACCACCCGUUGAAGAGGAACAACAUGAUGCCAUUGAUAUGCCCAAUUAUGAAAGACAGCUGCGACGCAGUAGUGGUGGUAGCACCGGGGAGCGCAUGCGCGAUUAUUUUGUAUCAGAUUCCUAUGAGCACACCAACACAACAUCCACGAAAAGUCACUAUACAGAGCAAGUCAGUGGCAGCAGAUUGUCGAACAUAUCGCCCAUGCCUCACACACAAACUUUUCUAGCCAUAAAACAAGAGCCAACCGACUGGACCACAAACGCUUCCGCAACAGACAAUGCACACGCCGAUUUGGCGUUACGACCCAAAACACCGCAGCGUUCGCCCAAACAACCAUUAGAUUUUAAAAUGCCACCUGGCAGUACAACUGUCAAACUUGAAGUCGGAGCACAUUCGCAUAGUCCACAUAGCGAACAGGACACGAACACGCAAGAUGACAGCGACUAUGAAACACGUCUCGCAUGCGAAACGUGCAAACAAUCCUUUGAUGAACCUAAAUCUUGGGUUCGUCAUCUGGAGUCGCACACCGUUAACACGGCUGCUACAACAGCAGCAGAUACGGUAACGGUAAAUGUGGCUUGCGGAACAACGAAUAACAUGAAUAGCACAAGCGUAGGCAAUACCAUAACCAAUGGCGGGGAGGCAUUAGUCAAGUCGUAUGUGCCCAAAAAGCGGCGACGAGUGUCGCAGCAGGAGAACAACGCGGGUCAUGUGACGCUCUGCUGUGACUUAUGUUCAAUCUCUUUUGAGACCCCAGCCGACUGGGUGCGCCAUUUGAACAACGAACACACCGAAAUCGAGUUGGCUAUGUUCAACAGCAAAAAGGAUAAUGAGCAGAAAAGUUCAGGCAACAACAACCACCAAAACCUGCAACAAUUGCACCUCAAACGUUACACCCAUCGCUCAACGUAUGACCAACCGGCCAACGAAACGCAACCGUUAGCAGUAACUUCGACAGCGCCAUCCACGUCCAAUUUUUCGGAGCGUACAGAAGCUUGUAACAAAAAGUUUUCCACGCACAGCGGCGUCUUGACGCACAAACGUAAUCACAACAGUGCACUCAAUGGUGUCAGUGUGAGUGUGAGCACUAGUGUAGCAUCCACAUCAUCAGGCGGCGCAGAUGUUAGCGUGAUUAGCAGUGUGGCCAGCAGUUUACCAAAUGAACAAAUAAGCACCUCGUCGCAAGCUUGAUACAGUCGCAGAUAUCGUAAGGAUGCACAAAACGCUUGAAAAGAACUCGCUUCUGCCAGCGAUUGCAUGGCAUGGAAGAAUGCACAAAACGCUUGAGCAGCCCAACGUUUUGACAGAGAUUACAAGUGGAGUGAGAAUCGUUACCUAAGUCGUUCCAAAUCUAAACUAAUGAUGAAAUCAUACCAACCAAACUAUUUUAAUCAAAAUUUUUACAAAACUAUAAAUGGCAUCAGGAGUACAGUUAAAAUGUUUUAAAAUAUAUAAAUGAAAACAAAAGCAAAAACAAAAACAAACAUAUACUUUGGAUCACUUUGCAGCAACGAAAAAACAUUAAUGACUUCCGAAGGUGAAUAUAUUGUCAAAAAAAAUUUAAUAAGAAAGAAAAAAAAACUUAAGAGAAAAUAAAAAAUUUAAAACAUACAUUUUUAAAUAAUAAUAAACUAAACCACUUUGAGAUAACAUGCAAUAAAUGAACUAACGAACAACAACAAAAACAAACACAUAGUAAAAUGGGGGAAAAAAAAAUGAUUUUUUUGUGAAUUAUAACAACUUACAAAAGCUCAUAAGUGUAUACAUGUGCAUGCAGAUACAUAUAUUGUAAACGAAAAAGUUUUAAACUUUAAGAUAAGAUCAACACCAUUGAAUAUUUUAUUCGAAGCUAUGCAACAAUUUGUUACAUAUAAAGUGAAAAAAUAAUAAUAAAUUGAUUCGGUGUUUAAUAUUAUUGUAUACUUAUUGAAACACAAGUAUAGUAUGUCCAUACAUAACCGUAUACAUAUGUACAAAACAACUUAACUUGUCUGCAAAAUGUAUGUUUUUUUUUAAAUUUUCUCGCUCUCUAUGUGUGUAGUUGAUAAAAAAGAAUUACAAAAAUUAUUGAACUCAUUCCAAAACCACAAAUGAUAUUUACAUUUAUCGUGAUUUUACGUAUUUAACGAUUAAAAAGGAAAAGUGAAUAUAUAUAUUAUAUUGUAUUUAGCUAUUUAAGCAGUUUAUGCAGCAAUGCAGUUUUAAAUAAAGUAUUUUUCUCUAACGUCAAACCAAAACUUUCCCUUUCAAAGCGACAAAAUUAUUUCAGUGAUAAUUUUUAGGUUUUUUUUAUACAGUGAACUAGGCAUAUUAAGUUUGGUACGAAGUUUGUAGCUCACUUAAUGAAACAUCUGGCCUUUUAAAAUUUAUACAUACAUAUAUGAAUUUUCAUGAGCUACCAACAAUCUCAGUUUGUAUGAUAUCGAUAUGACAUUUUGUGCACAGUUAUCAGAACCGCCGACAUCGGACUGUUAACAAACGAACCUAUCAACCAUAGUACAGUCCUUGCAUAGAAUACUUUUUUUUACAAGAUAUAUUCACGAAAUUGUUUAUGUCUGCAGAAACACGUAAAUAUAUGUUUGGCUAUAUUACACGAAGGGUGCUUUUGACACGCAACAUUU